AUGAAAGACAUCAUGAGCGAACACUUGCUAUUCCGAAUCGGACCUAACCUUGACGAACUGCCGAACAUCGAGCACUGCUCAGUCGCGUCAGGUGCGACGCUGACUCACCAAGGCCCCACGCUACCGGCAUCACAACUACUGCACUUUCCUAGUCAGAUUCUGGCACCGACCCCCGAAGGUUGGGAAAGGCGGCCGGCGGAUGCGGUGUGGCCCCUCACCGAGUUUUCCAAUCACCUUUGCCUUUCGGCGAACCCAUCCUUUCUCAUGCUUGUGCAAUCGGGAUUCCAUUGCUCUUUGGCAAAUUCCAAUUUCCCUAGUGACAUAACAUCUGAUCCGUUAUUAGCGAGGCAGAUUGCUUGCUCGGUUCCCACCAUUACUUUCUUGUGUUAUGGUCUAUCUUGCACAUGGAUGAGAUCUGCUUCACGUUUCCAGUGUAAAGGCUAUGGUGGUAAAUAG